ACCAUAAGACAGAACUCUAAGAAAGAAACCAAAGACUAGAAAUGAUAAAUAAUAUAAUAAACUCAAAAGCCCUGGGUCAACGACCCAGGCAUCCUAACAGCCCGUUAUGGACUUGGCCUCAAGGAUUUUUAGUUUAGAUUUAAAAGCACUUAAUGAAAUGAAUUCAGUCAUUUUCCAGUCGUUCUGCAGUUUGUUCUUGUUAUUGACAGGCCACUAAAAGCAGAGUUAUGAUAAAAAAAUAUAUACAAUUUUUGAAAUACUAUCUUCACGUUUUGUGUGGGAAGAAAUGGUGAAAACCACAUUUUCUAAGGACAGCGCUUGGAUCAUCAUGUGUGCACCACCAGCUGACAGCUGCUAUGAGGGUUCACAAUAACUCACAGGCCAAUGCUAUGAUGCAGCAGGCCACUGUCAUCCUGCAGGUGGAGGAAUCCAUGCCCCUCCUGCGUCGUUUCUACAACAACCAGUACAUCUCCAGCCACUGCUUGCCAUUGGUCGAACCCUCUGAUGAUGGCAUCACAAUAAAAUUGCAUUACCAUGAUGAGAUGGGACGAAUUACAGUGCAGAUCAAAGAGGUUCUAGACCAGUUCUUGGUCCUGCAGCAGGAGGCAGAGACCACAGGAGGUCCACGAGUCCAGAUGGACCAGGACCAGCAGAACCAGCAGGCGACCCAGAGGAAUAAGUGCCAGCAGAGCCAGGAUCUUCAGGGGCACCAUGAUAAACAGAAUCAGAACCAGGGCAAAAAAGACAAAUUUAGCCAAAUCCUACAGAAGCAGAACCAGGAGCUUCAGGCCUUGCGAGCAGAGCUGAAGGAGCUCCGGGCUCUGGUCUUGCAGCUGGUUAAAACCAAGACCAACUCUGUAUAAGAGCUGUGGGUUGGACUGGGAGGAACGUCAGAACCAUUGUUUCAUGUUUCUGUUUCUCCAGAAGCUCCUCUGGUCCGGGAUUUCCUGUUUAAUUCUUAUUUACAAACUCUCAUAAAUGAAAAUACCAGUGAGAAGUUUGCUAAAGGUUCAGAGUGUCAUUCAUCUUUAACUGUUUAACUGUUCACCUGCAUCCAACUCUAAAGUCCCGCCAUUUGGCAGCCAAAUGGCUAAAAUAUAACAGGACACUGGAGUAAACUCUCAACUCU